CAAAUGUUGAAUGUCAUAAAUAUUUCAGUUCCAGAUGUUUGCCGCAUGGCGAUAUCGAAAGAAUGGCAUAUAGCGGAAGUCACAAACAUUAAGUCAGAAGAAUCGUCUAACUAGAAGUUUAAGAAAUUCUAGCAUUGUAUUCAUUACGAGACUUAGACCGUAUGCAAAUGGGAUAAUUUGACUUCAUGUGGCGGUGGAGCUCGGAGAAAAUGCUUAAUGCUGCUGAGUACCGGUACUGUUACUCUUAAGCAGCACAUUGCCAUUUGGAUAAGACCAAGAUGUAACACAAUCCACAGAAGUACCGUAAAGGAUCUUGCUACUGUAGACUGUACUAUGACCCAAACAUCUAUGAACACUGUAACCCAGGCCGCAAAGUGACAUUAACUGUGUCGUACAGUAGGGUCCUACAAUCGACGAUGCUCAAAUUCUUACUGGUUGUAAAUAGGCAGGGUCAUAAGCGGGUGUCACGCUACUACGAGCACAUGGGUCACCCAGAUGACCGACUGACCACUGAGUUGGACAUUGUCAGAAGAACACUAUCUCAUGAUCACAAGCAGUGUUCGUUUUUGGAUUAUCAUGACUACAGACUGAUCUAUCGAAAGUAUUUGAAUUUAUAUUUUAUCAUCGGUGUGGAUAAAGAUGAGGCACAGAUAAUGUAUAACAUUGAUCAUGUGCACAUGAUCCUGGAUGAGAUGAUUGUGAAUGGACAGGUGGUGGAGACCAGUCAGUCCAGGAUUCUAGGCCCUAUACAGCUCCUGGAUGCUGCCAAGAAAUGAUGUGCAUGCACAUGUGUUGACUGUGUGCACGUGAUCCUGGAUGAGAUGAUUGUGAAUGGACAGGUGGUGGAGACCAGUCAGUCCAGGAUUCUAGGCCCUAUACAGCUCCUGGAUGCUGCCAAGAAAUAAUGUGCAUGCACAUGUGUUGACUGUGUGCACGUGAUCCUGGAUGAGAUGAUUGUGAAUGGACAGGUGGUGGAGACCAGUCAGUCCAGGAUUCUAGGCCCUAUACAGCUCCUGGAUGCUGCCAAAGAAAUAAUGUGCAUGCACAUGUGUUGACUGUGUGCACGUGAUCCUGGAUGAGAUGAUUGUGAAUGGACAGGUGGUGGAGACCAGUCAGUCCAGGAUUCUAGUGCAUAUCCAGCUCCUGGAUGCUGCCAAGAAAUGAUGUGCAUGCACAUGUGUUGAUUGUGUGCACGUGAUCCUGGAUGAAAUGAUUGUGAAUCGACAGGUGGUGGAGACCAAGCCAGUCCAGGAUUCUAGUGCAUAUCCAGCUCCUGGAUGCUGCCAAGAAAUGAUGUGCAUGCACAUGUGUUGACUGUGUGCAUGUGACCCUGGAUGAGACUGAUUGUGAAUGGACAGGUGGUGGAGACCAGUCAGUCCAGGA